GGUCUGGCGCAGCCGAGACAGAAGAGAUGGGAAUCCCCCCGCGGCGCCCUCGGAGCGGCUGUCUUCGCUGGGGAAGCGGCGGUGCCUUCCAGGAAACCGGAAGCCCGCGGUGACCCCUGGCGACCCUGUUUGUUUUCGGUCCGUGUCCAAACACUGGGGAAUCGGAACGCGGCGGCCCUGGGGGCGGCCCUCCGUAGCCUGGCUUCGGGCUGUCAUGGAUGCACUGGUAGAAGAUGAUAUCUGCAUUCUGAAUCACGAAAAGAGAGAUCCAGUGACUCCAGUUUCAAUAUAUUCAGGAGAUGAGUCUGUGGCUUCUCAUUUUGCCCUUGUUACUGCAUAUGAAGACAUCAAAAAACGACUUAAGGAUUCAGAAAAAGAGAACUCUUUGUUAAAGAAAAGAAUAAGAUUUUUGGAAGAAAAGCUUAUAGGAGCUCGAUUAGAUGAAGAAACAAGUUCUGUAGGACGAGAACAAGUAAAUAAAGCCUAUCAUGCAUAUCGAGAAGUUUGCAUUGAUAGAGAUAAUCUGAAGAGCAAAUUGGAUAAAAUGAAUAAAGACAACUCUGAAUCUUUGAAAAUAUUGAACGAACAGCUACAAUCUAAAGAAGUAGAACUCCUCCAGCUAAGGACAGAGGUGGAAACUCAGCAGGUGAUGAGGAAUUUAAAUCCACCGUCAUCAAACUGGGAGGUGGAAAAGUUGAGCUACGACCUGAAGAUUCAUGGUUUGGAACAGGAGCUGGAACUAAAGAGAAAAGAAUGUAGUGAUCUCAAAAUAGAACUACAAAAAGCUAAGCAAAAGGAUCCGUAUCAGGAAGACAAUCUGAAGAUCAGAGACCUCCAAAGACUAAGCAUUUCAAGUGAUAACAUGCAGCAUGCAUACUGGGAACUGAAGAGAGAAAUGUCUAAUUUACAUCUGGUGACUCAAGUACAAGCUGAACUACUAAGAAAACUGGAAACCCCAACUGCAAUCAAGAAAGCCUCUGCCCCAGUAGGAUGCGUUGAAGACCUUGGGAAAGACAGCACCAAGCUGCACUUGACGAAUUUUACUGCAACAUACACAAGAUAUCCCCCUCUUUCACCAAAUGGAAAAGCUCCUUGUCAUACUACAUCUUCCCCUUUACCAGGAGAUACGAAGGUUUUGUCAGAGAAAGCAAUCCUGCAGUCAUGGACAGACAAUGAGAGAUCCAUUCCUAAUGAUGGUACAUACUUUCAGGAACACAAUUCUUACGGCAGAAAUUCUCUGGAAGAUAACUCCUGGGUAUUCCCAAGCCCUCCCAAGUCAGGUGAGACAGCAUUUGGGGAAACUAAAAGUAAAACUCUGCCUUUACCCAACCUGCCACCACUGUAUUACUUGGAUCAACAUAAUCAAAACUGCCUUUAUAAGAAAUAAUUCUGAAGAGAUUCGUUAUUUGAUCAUGAGGACACUCUCUCUUUCAGUGGCUCUCCCAAGAAAUUAUUUAACAAACUGAAAGUGGAUUUUGAUUAAAAUUUUGCAGAGUUCUUCAGUAUAUACAUUUGAACAUACUGUACAGUAUUAUGUAGUUGAUUUUCCAGUAUGAAAGAGCACCCUCCAGCUCUGUAUUCUACGAAUCAGAUAUAUGUUUACUAUACUAAUCAAUAAACUUAAGGUGUUUAAAAAAGACAAUUCUACCUUUGAUAACAGUUGUAAAAUUUCGCCUCUCAGAGAAAGAACGGAAUUGGAGAUUUUAGACAUGGUUUUAUGAAGUAUGUGAAAUGCUUAAAAAUCCAGUCAUAAAAAAAAAGGAAGUCAUUAAUAUAGGAGAAAAGCUGUAAGUUGCUUCAAAUUGCAUAAAGAUUAAAUGGCAAUGUAGAUAGGUUAUAUUUCCAUUGAUCUUUUGAUGCAUAAAGAUAUGGAAAAUAUAAUGGAAUAAAAGUGUCUUAUAACAUCUCUAGAUGAUAUUGUGUUUCAAAGUUUAAGAUUUAAAAUGAAUUUUUGGUCACAACAUUUGUUGAUAAAAUUUUAGCAUUGCAGUUUGAAUUGUAAGACCUGAAAUAACCUAUCAUUGAAGCCAGCUUUGUCUCAGUAAAUUCCCCAAGUUCCAAUUCGAAAAAAAAAAAAAAACUUGGUGAAAUAGUUGAAAAACUAUGUGGUGUGUAAAUAAAUAACUAUAACCCUAUGCAGCAUCCAAUUAGAAGUAGAACGAGUAUGACACAGGUUUCAGUCUAAUCUGUCCCUUCACUGGUCCAUAGUGAAAACCUAAUUAUAUAUAUAUAUAUGACUACAUAAGGUCAUUUUCUUCAAAGGUACUACUGCUGCUUGUUAUAUUGAACAGCUUCUAAAUUGUUAGACCCUAUUUUGAAAUGUAAUACUUAUUGAGAAAGUGAUGUUUAAUUAGAAACUUUGAUUCAAAUAAUCAAAUUUUGGGCUAUAUAGUGCAAUCAUGAAAUAUCCCCAAACUUUUUUUAUUCUAAAUGGCCAAUCACUUGUAAACAAGAAAAUAACAAAAUAGCUUCACAUGGAAAUUCAUCUAAAUUCUUUCAGGGUGGAAGUAUUAAAAAUAUUAGUAUAUAUUACUUUGUUCAUAUACCUAUUGCUUGAGUUAAAGUGUUUUAUGUAGGAGGACUUUAUCCUUUUUGAUAGUCUGGUUCAUACACCUUGAACUCAAAAAAAUCUCAGAUCUCUUCUAUAUUACUGGAUAGUAUACAUACAUAGCCUGUGUUCACCAUUCACCAGAUAUUUUUGUUUCUAUUAUCUGACACUUAUUCAAGCUUGUCUGUGAUUAAUGGAAUUGGUGUCAGAUACUGGAAUUUAUUCUGACCAAUGAACACAGCUGACUCAAGGGAGUGCAAUCUCCUGCCAAGUAAUAGAAACAAAACCCAAUAUGCAUAAAACAAAUACAAUACUCCAGGCUUUAGCUGAAGGAAGCAACUACCUGUGUAAUAACAAGGCAGCAAAAACUAUUUCUCAUGUGGCUGCAUAGGCUGUAUAUUUCAUCUAAUCUCUAAUGUAGCUUACUGGUUUGCUUUUUUUAAAACCAAGAUUGGAAAUUUUCCUUUGUAGAGCAUACAAGUCUUGAGAGAGAACGGCUUGAUUAAUAUUUUUAACAAUGCAAGAAAUUAAUUAAAUUAUUUUUGUUUGAAAUUGAA